AUGGUAGGUGUUGUCAAGACGUUCGAGCUUCAGUCAAAGUCCAAGACGGACCUCACCAAGCAGCUCGAGGAGCUCAAGACUGAGCUGCUCAACCUUCGCGUCCAGAAGGUUGCUGGUGGUUCGUCGAGCAAGAUCCUGCGCAUCAACUCGCUGCGCAAGGACAUUGCCCGUGUCCUCACCGUCAUGAACCAGAAGCAGCGUGCCAACCUGCGCGAGUUCUACAAGGGCAAGAGCCAGAUCCCUCUCGACCUGCGUGCCAAGAAGACCCGUGCUAUCCGCCGCAAGCUCAACCAGCACGAGCGCACCCGCAUCACCGAGCGUCAGCACAAGCGCGAGAUCCACUUUGCCAACCGCAAGUACGUUCUCAAGGCAUAA